CCUUGGUCAACCACUACGUCCGACGUAUACAACAACUCAGGACAGUCCAUUCUCUUAUACACCAGGAACCGGACCCCACCAUCCUUUGGCAUCUGCCGACGAGAAAUACGACUGUACACUACGAUAUAUAAAUACGCUUAAUACAAUCACGACCUACCGACAAACCAGAUCAGAGAUCUUGCGAGAAUGGAUUCCCCCAUGAUGGCCUCGCUCGGACAGGCUCCCGUCUAUUACAAGAAUGCCAUUGUCUACCAACAAUCACAACCCCAACAGCAACAACCACAGUCACACCACCAGCAGCCGAUGGGCAUGUAUGCCAUGGCUCCCUCGAGUGGCGCCUAUGCUCAGCCUCCCACCCUCUACAGCAACGGACCGUCUGUCCUCACGCCUACCGGCUCUCCCCGCCCUGUGAGCGCGCAGAAGCCUGCCAUCCUCCUGGACACAGACAUGGACUCGUACUUUCCCGCGACACCGCCUCUGUCGACCUCGGGCAGCACCGUGGGUAGCCCGUACAACUUCGAGGCGCUCCAGACUCCCAUGAACCCCAUGUUCUCCGGGAUGGGUGAGCAUGAGACGGCCAAGGACAGCUUGGAAGCUGCUGAGACUUCGGUGCUCGAUCUGUCGAGCUGUGGCUCGCCUCCCAUGACACCCAUGUACCUGCAGUCCCAAAUCGGAAAGGCGCCAUCUCUCACAGACUCCUUUUCGUCGUGCCCCUCGCUCUCUCCCUCCCCUGCCCCCUAUGCUCGCUCUACCAGCUCUGAGCAAGACGUCGACUUUUGCGAUCCGCGUCACUUGACUGUGGCCGGUGGUUCUGUGGACUCGACCUUGGCGCCCGAGGCUUCUCUCGACGAAGAGGCCCGCAUCCUGCACCCCAAGCCCGAGCCUGCCGCCGUGCGCGCGCCCUCAUUUGAGUUCAAGGUUGAGCUCCCUGGCGACCUGCCAUCCUUCACCGACCUCUCGGAUCUCGAGUCGGAGGAGGACUUUGUCAACAGCCUGGUCAACCUCGACGACACAGACGCUGCUGAUAUCACGCGCCCCCGCGCCUGCACUGGCUCAUCGGUUGUCUCCCUCGGGCACUGCAGCUUCAUUGGGGACGAGGAUCUUACUUUUGAUGGUUCAGACGCCCUUCAAUUCUCCAUCCCUAGCCCCCCCUCCACCGUCACCGCCGAGGACAGCCACCGCACCAAGCGCACCAAGAAGUCGCACAAGCAGAGCAGCGCAUCUAUCCCCUCCAUCAACAUGGCCUCCGCCGGGACGGAGCAGACUGCCGAGCCGGCACAGCAGGAGGAGUCUUCGCAGCACCAGCAGGCUGACGCCGAUGCCACAGAGUCCAACCACUCGUCUGGCUCCGAAGAAGGCAAUGCGCCUGCCCCCACAAACCGCCGCGGCCGCAAGCAAUCGCUCACCGAAGACCCUUCUAAGACUUUUGUCUGUGAGCUUUGCAACCGCCGCUUCCGCCGGCAAGAACAUCUCAAGCGCCACUACCGCUCCCUCCACACCCAGGAUAAGCCUUUUGAGUGCGGCGACUGCGGCAAGAAGUUUUCCCGCAGUGACAAUCUUGCCCAGCACGCCCGCACGCACGGCUCUGGUGCCAUUGUCAUGAACAUCCUCAACGGUGAAACAGGGGAGCACGUGCCCCACGUGUACCCGCAAGACUCCAUGCCUGGCUCAGUGGCCGCGAACGACGAGAGCUACCAGCAGUUUGGCAAGGUGCUCUUCCAGAUGGCGGCUGAGGUACCCGGCAGCUCGAGCGAGGACAGCGCUGAUGAGGGCAAGAAGCGCAAGCGCUCCGACUGAGAGGGUCACCUUGAAAUACAAUCAUCAAUCUGGUCACCCGUGGUCAGAACGCUUCCAUGAUACCACGACGCUUCAAUUUCUUCAAAACGUCCAGACAGCCGCUUUGGCUUCUGGCGUUCUUAGGGUUCAUACACAUCAUCCUGGGCGGUCCCAGUUGGGUAGAGGAGUACAAAAAAAAAACCACAUCAUCGGCUCUUCUUUCGCCGUCGAUGGACAUUUGCAU